AAUCCAUGGGCUCAAAGUACUCAAAUCGUAGAAAUAAAAUGUCAAUUCGUUUUAAUGAGUCCUUAAAAGAUGGAAGUUAUGAAGAUGCCAAGAGAAAGCCUUAUAAGAACGUGUCGCUGGAAGAUUGGGACUGGUUGUGCGACCAAGUGUUUUCCAGUGAAAGUUUCAAGAAGCGCUCUGCAGCAGGUGCAAAAGCAAGAUAAGCUGUUCCGUUCAACCAUUGUGGAGUAUCUAAGUCACAUGUGGUCCACAGGGCGGAGGUAUGUUCCUUUAUGAAUAAGAAUACGAUUUUCUCUUAUAGUUAUGUUAUGUUUGUUCAAAUGUAUAAAUUUUUUAAGUCCCUUAGAAGCUUAGGAUGAAAUGUGAUUGUCUAAUGUUUACUCUUUUUCUGUUGCAACAUCACUUGUUUUUUAUUUCCUGUGUAAAACAAAAACGGAAAGAUGGAUUCGAGGAAGGUGACAUUCAAACAUUUUAUGACACCCAUACAUAUACGAAUAAAAAAACAAGCGAAGUUGUUUCGAUUUCUGAUGAAGCUCGCAUCAAAUGGGACAGGAUGAAUGAGCGAAUGCAGCAAGGCAGCGAAGCGGGAGCUACACCACCCACUGAGGCAGAAUUAUGUGCUCAGGUUUUAAAGAAAAAGCAAAGACGAUGUCGUUUUGCGACCACUGUUUCUAACAAUGAAGGAAUUCGGGAAAUGCUGCAAGCGCAUGCUGAUAGAAUUCAAGCUCAGGAAGAGCAAAUACGCGCCCAGAAUGAGGUUAUCAAAAAGAUAAAGGAAGACAGCGAAAAGGUCAUAAGAAACAUGCAGGUUAUGAUGAUACGUUCUCUCGGGUUGAACAACAUUACCGCUAAUGAACUGAACAACAUUAAUGCUUUAGUCUUAGUAUUUUUUUUUCUAGUAGUGAUGUUUAUUUAUUGGUAGAGUUUAUUUAUCAGUUUUUUUCUAGUUUGGAUUUUGUCUAAACAAUUUAUUUUAAUGGGCAAUUAUUUUUUAUUCAA